CUUGUCAACUGCUACUAACGUCACUGUAGUUUUUCCCGCAGUUUGGCGUCUACGAGAUAGAAAAAUUAAAACAAGUAAUUUCUAUGUAAUUAGAUCAAUAGGACAUUUCUUUAAGUGAUUAAUAAAGCGGUGAUGUUUGGUUAAUACGAUCAUGUUUUACCUUUGAUUGUUUUGUUUGGACACUGCUGUGGUGAUUUUUGUGUAUUGGUUCGGUCGGGAACACAGGCCCACGUCUAUGCCUUAUCUCCAGCAUGGCGGAAAUAGUGUAUCCGCAAGGCUGUCGCCCCAUCACCGAUGACCUAGGAGCCGAUGAGCUGGUCCGAAGACUCAAGGUACUGGCCCACACCCUCCAGGGGUUGGGCCAGGAUGAGGGCAUGUACCAGCAGUACAUUCCCCUGGCACUCCACUUGGCCGACGACUUCUUUCUGACGCAUCCCUCGCGCGAUGUACAGCUUCUAAUUGCCUGCUGCAUUGCUGAUGUGCUCAGAGUGUACGCACCGGAGGCGCCGUAUAAAGAUCAGGAACAGGUGAAGACAAUAUUCCUGUUCCUCAUCAACCAACUCCAAGGUCUUCGUGACCCGAAGGACCCUGCCUUCAAGCGGUAUUUCUACCUGCUGGAGAACUUGGCGUAUGUGAAGUCAUUCAACAUGUGCUUCGAACUUGAGGAUUGCCAGGAGAUAUUUUGUGAGCUGUUCGUGCUUAUGUUCAAGAUUGUCAACACGGAGCACUCGUCAAAAGUGAAGUCGUUCAUGCUGGACGUCCUCUGUCCUCUCAUCACGGAGUCGGACGUCGUCUCCAAUGAACUGCUCAACGUGAUCCUCAUCAACUUGGUGGAGCCGAAUAAACGUGAACACAAACAUGCGUAUGCGCUCGCCAAAGAGCUCAUUGUUAAGACAAGCGAGACAUUGGAGCCUUAUAUACAAGGGUUCUUCAACCACGUGCUAAUUCUCGGCAAAGAGGAGAAAUCGCUCGCGAUAUUCUCAAAAGUGUACGAGUUGAUAUACGAACUGUACCAAUGCUGUCCGAGCAUUCUAUUGGCCGUGCUGCCUCAACUAGAAUGCAAAUUAAAAUCAGCGCAAUUCCAGGAGAGACUUAGCGGGGUCGCGUUACUUGCUAGAAUGUUCUCAGAACCCGGCUCCGAGCUAGCCAAGCAAUACCCAGCCUUGUGGCGAGCCUUUCUAGGCAGAUUUAACGAUAUAUCGGUACUAAUAAGGAUCAAAUGCGUACAAUAUUGCAUGCACUUCUUGGUACACCACCCGGAUCUGAGGAAAGACAUAACUGAUACGCUGAAGUUGAGGCAACACGAUGCGCACGAGCAAGUGCGCUAUGAAGUGGUCAUGGCUAUCAUAGCGACGGCCCAAAGGGAUUUCCAAGCGGUUGCCGAAUCUGAAGAUUUACUACAUUUUGUAAGAGAAAGAACUUUGGAUAAGAAGUUUAAGAUCCGUAAAGAAGCGAUGUCGGGUCUUGCGAUGAUAUACAAGAAAUUCUUGACUGAAGAAAGCGUGCCGCCUGCUACUGAACGGGCGGUACAGUGGAUCAAAGAUAAAAUCCUACACGGUUACUACAUGACUGCUUUGGAAGACCGUUUGCUAGUCGAACGUCUCCUUAACACAUCUUUGGUUCCAUAUACAUUGCCGGCUCCGGUUCGCAUGAAGAAAUUGUAUUAUUUGAUGUCAAAUGUCGAUGACAAUGCAACAAAAGCGUUCAUUGAACUUCAAAAGCAUCAAUUGGCGGUUCGUCGUACUGUAGCCGAGUGGAUAGAUUUGCACAGGAAGCCGCAGACGCCGACCGUGCAAAAGGAAUUGAUCGCUAAAGUCUUGCACAUAAGUUCCAAAUUCCUACCGGAGUCAGUGAAAGCGCAGGAGUUCCUGAAUAAGUUUUCUGGGCAUAUGAAGCAGGCGCCAGAGUUGUUGGCCGGUAUGGAGACUAUAUUGAACCCCAAUGUGAGCUGCGAAGUGUGCGUGCGUACUACUUCAAAUGUCCUAAAGAAACUUGGCCAGCCAAUAAUGACUAACUUGUAUUACAACACAGUCAAAAUGCUGUUAGAGCGAGUUAGUUCCGUGAUGAUAGAUCACGAGUCUCUGCUUAUACUGGUCGGAUAUGUGGAGGGAGCUGUGAAAGGGACCGAUCCGGCUAUAGCUGAAGAAUGCGGCAUAGACAUAAAGAAAGCGGCCGAGCGCGGACUGAAACUACUGGUGAUGCUGUCUUUCGUGUUCCCCGCACAUUUCCUUCACGAAGAUGUGCUCGAUCGUCUCACGUCAUUACUGGAAUUGGAUGAUGAAAGUGUGGCGCCUCAUAUACUAGCCGCACUCACUUUCCUUGGAAAAUACCGUCCUCUGAGCGAAGCUUGUCCGUCACUAUUUCCAAGACUGAUUACCCUCUGCAAGGCAUAUGCUGAAGUCGGCACACCUAAACAGGCCAAAAAUGCUGUCAGGUGUCUUUUCGUCAACGUCCCAGACCAACGCACUCAAAUCUUCACAGAAAUCUUGGACACUCUGAAAGCGACUCUGAACCCCCAAUCGGAACAUUACCGCACCGCCAUCGUCACACUGGGUCACAUCGCACACAACUUGCCGGACAACUUCCCUGUGCACAUCAAGAAUAUCGUCUCCAGGAAGAUAGUAAAAGAGCUUCUAGUCCGCGAAGGAGGCGGCGGUCCGAACGCGCCCGAAGAAGAAUGGUGCGACGAAGAGGAGCUACCCGAGGAGACCCGAUGCAAACUAGAGGGUCUCAAAUGUAUGGCGAGAUGGCUUUUAGGAUUGAAGAAAGAUGAAUUGUCCGCCCAGAAGACGUUUAGGAUGCUCAACGCUUUCAUUGUACACAAAGGAGAUCUUUUGCAACAAAACCAGCUGUCGAAAGCUGAAAUGGCGCACCUGAGGUUGGCGGCGGGCGCGGCCAUGUUGAAGAUUUGCGAGCAGAAGGGCGUCGGCGAUCAGUUCACAGCCGAGCAGUUUUAUAAUCUGUCGCAUCUUAUGAUUGAUGACGUUCCCCAAGUCAGAGAAACAUUUGCGGCAAAACUACAUAAAGGAUUGUCCAAGGGCAUCCCCAACAAGUGCCUGCCGCUGGACUUCAUGGGCAUGUACGCGCUGGGCGGCCGCGAGCCCGACCGCCGCAUCCGCGGGCUGCUGCGCCAGUACAUGCUGGCUGAUGUCGUGAGGCGCAGGGAGUAUGUCAGAAACAUCACCGUCGGCACUAAAGUGGAGCGCGCCGUGAGCCAGUUGCCGCACAUACUGCCCGACUACAUGCUGGUGUUCGCGGUGCCCAUCCUCACGCACGAUCCCGCAUUCACCGCCUACGACAACGUGGCUCAGCUCAAGGUGGUAAAGAAUUGUCUCUGGUUCAUACUGGAGCCGCUGAUCACUCGCAACGACCUGUACUGCUAUGGCUUCUACAAGAGUCUCGUCGAGAGGAUGAAAUGCCAUAAAGACGCUCUCAACGAGACCGACGACGCUGUUAAUUAUAAAAUGUGGGCUACGUGCGACCUAGCGAUGUCGGUGAUCUGGGCGCGCUCGUCCUCGUUCGAGCUGCGCGAGUUCCCGUCGGACGCGCGCAUCCCCACCAUGUAUUUCGCGCCGCAGCCCUCGUACUUCGUCAACACUAGGGUGUUCCUGCCGCCAGAACUGCAGUUCCAGCCCAAACGCACUACUAUAGCCGAGCCAGUGAACACUCGCGGCAAGAAGCGGCCGCGGCCCGCCGCCGAGAACACCACCAACGAUGUUGAGCCAUCAGAAGCGUCAGACACACAAAUACAAUUGCCAGGAUUGGAGCAGCCCCCCGAGACGGAACUGGAGGAACCCGCGUCCAAGCGGACGAUGAGCGAGUGAACAACCACUGAGCCCUAAGGGGUCGCACUGUAGAAUUGUAACACUUGUCGCUUAUUGUAAGAAAUUUGUAGCUGUAUAUUAUGAUAGGUAAAUGUGAGUUACAUAUUUAUGAACACAUAGUCUAAUCUGUAUGUAUUUGGAGUUGAAAAUUUGAAAUUGUUUGUUUUGUAAUUUGAAAGAUCUCCUCUUUCUUGGAGGGUUAAGUAGAGAUUGCAUCUUUCUACUUGCCAGGAAUGUAUGAAAAUGUAAUACGCUGCAAUUAAAGUAAAAGACUUUGACUGAGAAUUUACCUUAUUUUGAGAACUUAUCAUCAAUUGCAAUAAUAAUGCUAGUAAUAAAAAUGUGGUGAAAAAUUUAAAACAAAAUUACUCUUCUGAAAAUUGAAGUGACCAAUACAUACGUUGUUCCACCUAACUUUCCUGUCCAAAAAUAGACUGUAAUGAACAAACUUUCGCAUUAAUAAAUUAUGUAUGUAAGCGACAAGUGGUAAUAAUGUCUAUAAAAUGCGUCCAAUGUGAAUAUACUCGCCCAACGUAAUAUUUGUUUGGGCAUUACUGUCUUUAGAAAGGAGUCGGGUUUUCAUACGCUUACUUGAAGACUGGCUAAAAUCAUGGACUGACAAUGAUCGUUUUUCCAAACGACACAGACUUUAUUAUGAUAGUAAUAAAGCAUAUAUUCCUGUUAAGAGAAAUCAGUUACGUUCGUAACUGUUUUAUCGCGUUGAUUACGCCUUUUUGAGGGUAAAUUUGAUGUGAUUUCGACAAAAUGUCAACUAAUCUGUCACCUUUUUCUAUGGACCUAAUCGGUCGAAGUCCAUAUAUAUUGUGUGAAAUGUAUAUAGUAACAUGUCGAUUUUUGUCGGUCUUUCUAAAAUGAGAGUGAUUGCUAUAAUUUUUACUAUCAGAUUCACAGUAAACUUCUUUUCUUAAAAUGAUUUUUUUAAAUUUACGGCUUCAUAGUAAUCAAUCUCGUGCUUUUUCACGAGAGAGAAAAUUAAACCUUGUCUUGUCGACGAUCGUGAAUUGACCCCGUUGGUACUGAAAUGUCAAAUGGAACAUUGUUCUCAAAAAUCAAAAGAAGUGUCAAAUAUUUAACCAAUAACAAAACACCAUUUGUCUUUAUGCUUAAUUGCUGACAUCUGGUGGAAGGCAUUUUGUUAUUUUUUUAUUGAAACAAAUGUAAUUUCUGAAGAUUCUUGAUUUGUAACGAAUCUGCCGACAAAUAAGAAUCAUACAUUUAUAAUUUAUUUUUAAUAUUCAGACAAAAAGGAAUCGUGAAAUCUAUCGCAUUUUUAUAUUGUUUAACGCUAUGACUAGAUAAAAUCUGGCGAUAUUACAAUAUCAAAUCACUUAUCUAUUAUGUGUAUAACUUGAUUAAUUAUAACGUGAGAUCUUAUAAUCUGGUUUAUAUUUUAGUAGCUCACAACGUACGGUCAACAUCAACCUACCCAAAUUAUGAGUGAGUUAUAUGCAGGGUAACUUUAUAUGCGUUUGAGUACUAUUUCAUUAUAUUUAUCAAAGAUUUUUCAAAAAUAUUUUAUUGAUCAAUAAUAUUACCACGAUAUUGAUAUUAAAUUAUGAUCAGUACGGAUCGUUACAAAAUAACAGAUACGUAUAUGAAACUAAAAAUUAGGCAAUUAUAAUGAACUGUAUACAAUUUUUUUCAAAAGAACAGUAUGUUAGAAUUUUGAGUGAUCGGUUUACAAGUUUGAAAUCACUGGCGUUCUCAUAAGAGCAAUAGCAAAUAUACCUAUAUUUAUUUUACUAGUUUUACAAUUCACUUAUCCUUCGUCAAUGUUGUGAUGUGAAAGAAAAUAUAGUAAAAGGAAUAGUAAAGGGAAUGUUAAGAUGGUCUGGUCACGUGGAGAGGAUGAAUGAAAGCAGGAUGACUAAGGAAAUACAAAGAGUGUGGAUGGAAAGGUAGAAGUAAAAAGGCCUAGACGAACGAACCUUGAUUAAAUUAAGGACUUCCUAGUAAAAAGUCAAGUCAAGAUCACCCGAAACCGCCGAACUUGCAUGAAGAGAGUUAUGAAUGUGGAUGAAGCGAAAAAAGUAUGCAGAGAUCGUGGUAAGUGGUACCUACCCCUCCGGGAAAAAGGCGUUAUUUAUGUAUAUAUAUGCAUCGUCAAAUAGAGACGUUAAUACAUAGCCAACAUAAUACUGUCCAAUAAUGAAUACCAAAGCAUCCACAAAUAUGUUGCGUCAAUAUAACGCCUUUAAAGCUGACAAGUUAAAUUACUAAUAAAGUAAAAUUUAAUGAUUUUCGAAUAUGUCAUUUUAUUUUUGAUGUUGUAUAGAAAUGCACUUAUCGGGAACGUCAGUGAAAUUAGUGUGUUGUGGUGUCAGAUCUUAACCAAUAACAAAGCAGCAUAAGUCCUUAUACUUACAUACUGAAAUAAGGCGUGAGGCAUUUUAAAAAAAACCCUCUUUGAUUCUGUAACCCAUCUGAGAAGUUAGCCAAGCGCUGAAGAGAGAAGAGUCUGUAUUAUAGUUUUUUUUUAUUAUUAAUUUUAAUUUUAAAUUGUUUGCGCGUUGUUUAGUUGUAAUUAUUUCGGCUGGUCAAUCUUGUGUUUGAUGUAAAUUGCGCCCUAAAGCGUUAUUUUUAGGGAACAUUUUUCAGUCUUAAAUCAAAGUUAAUAAAUUAUGUCGUAUGUGACCAUAAGAGAAAUUAUAACUCUUUAAGGAUGCAAUUCGGUACUCGAUGCAGCCGAUAUUUCCUUACCUUCCUCCUUAAUGGAAUGGUUUUAACAGCACUUUUUCUUCAGUCGUGUCUCAGUGGAACGCUUUUGUUGUGGACACUGGGGCAACCGGCUACUUAAGAAAAAUUCAAGAUUUCCAAAACAUAUUCAAUACAGUUCGCGGGUUUGUUAACUUUGGUUUAGCACUUCACAUGCCGUAGUAUAUAAAUAAUUAAAUCAAAACGUGUGAUGUACCUAUUUUAAUGGCAUCUUAUAAUAAAUCGGCGAUGACGAUAAUAACAAAAAAAAUAUAUAUAAAUGUAAUAUUAUAAGACGGAAUGAAAUUGGAAAUGUUAAAUUAUAACAAUGUAUCGUUAUUUUCACAAAUAAUUUUAAAUUUAACGGUUUUUUAAAAUAAUGACGGUAGUUGUGCUCCCGUUUUUGAUUUUAGAGGGUAAUUCGCACGUUUUUUGUAAGGGCGAUACGAUUUAGUUACGGAUAUUGUUUUAAGUGUACCAAAAAGUCCUGUGGUCGCGGCGCUCUGGCGGCGCCGCAGUGAUGAUUCUCUGUAGUUAUAGGUAUAUUAAAAUAAAACAAUAAACAUACAA